CACAGGGCGUCCCUCUGGACACCAGCAAACUGCCUCUGGACCAGAGGCUUCCUCCGUACCCACUCAGCCAGUCGCACCAGCACCAGCACCAACCAGGCUCCCACCAGCCUCCCCCCGGCCUGCAGGGCUCCCAGCCUGGACAGCAACCCUCUCACAUGAGCCAGCAGCACCACCACCAGCAGCUGCAUCGCCUCCAGCAGACGCAGCAGACGCAGCAAAUGCAGCAAAUGCAGCAACAGACGCAGCAGCAGCAGAUUCAGCAGAUGCAGCAACAGCAACAGUCACAGUCCAUGCAGCAGCAGCAGCAGCAGCAGCAGCAGCUCCACCUGCAGAACCUACGCAACUCACACAACCAGCACGUGCAGCAGCAGCAAUUUGAAUCGCAGCAGCAGCAGCACACGCGAGCGAACUCACAGCAGAUAAAGAGCGACGGCUGA